AAAUAUUAACUCUGUUCCUCCUGCCAUAGAUGCUGUCAGACUUGCUGAGUUUCUCCUGCAAUUUCAGUUUUUAAUUCAGAUAUCCAGCUGUAUUGUGCUUGUACUUAAUUGUUUCAAUUAUGUGCAUAUACCUACCAUUCCACAGUUUUGAUUCAUUUAUACAUUUUAUAUGUAUAUGAGAAACCUUGAACUGGAGGACGUGCCCAUCACACAGUGAUGUGACCUCCUUACCCGCUGAUUUACCGGGAAAGAACCACAAGCUGCUGUUGCGAUCAGGGGCCGCCAGAGGGCGGGCUCAGCAGCGGCUCCGGGGGAAGGUGAAGGCAGUGACACCCGCGGCUUCUGGGCGGACCCGAGAGGCGGUGACACCGGCCGGAAGUGGUGCGGUGAGUGUCAUGGAGACAGGUGAGAGCAGCAGGUGCCAGCUUCUGGAGCUGCCGUGGGAGGAUGUGCUGGUUCCCCAUGUCCUGUGCCACCUCCCGCUGUGCCAGCUGGUCUGCCUGCAGCGGGUUAGCAAACAGUUCCGCACCUUGAUCCAGCUUUACUUGGCAAACUACCACACUCUGGACACCUCGCAGGUCGGGAAUGCCAUCCCUCAACACGCUUUCUGCAAGUUACUGAAAGACAACACGGUACUGCACCACUUGAUGGUAGGGAGCUGCUCCGAUUGGCUGACGGAUAGCGAGCUCUUGCCAGUGAUUGGUCAAAACCAUCACUUGGAGAAGGUUGACAUCACUGGCUGCCGAGGUCUGAGCCGACGGUCUCUGGUGGCCUUAUCCCUGAGCUGCCCGAACCUGCAGCACCUUUCCCUCAGGCAGUGCGACUGGGUGGAUCCCCUCUCACUGCGGAGCCUGGCUGAUCGCUGCUGCCAGCUUCUGUCAGUUGACCUGACCGCCUGUAAGCAGCUGAAUGACGAAGCCGUCUGUUACCUUGUCCGGAAGUGCCGAAAGAUCAGGUCGCUGUCUCUCGCAGUCAAUGCGAAUCUCAGCGAUAGUUCGGUGCAGGAGGUGGCGAAACAGUGCAGCGAGCUUGAACACCUUGAUCUGACUGGCUGUCUUCGCCUUCGGAAUGAUUGCAUGAGGACAGUUGCAGAAUAUUGCACGAAUCUCCACUCGCUGAAAGUGAACCAUUGUCAUAACAUUACUGAAGGGAGUUUAGAAGUUUUGCGCAAGAGAGGUGUGGAUAUUGACGUGCAGCCACCACUCCAGCGGGCACUUGUCCUUCUGCAGGACGUUGUGGGUGUUGCUCCAUUUAUCAACCUUCAGAUCUGAACUAUUUGGGUGAACUGGUUCCUCCAUCCCACACAUAUGCACUCAAAACUUGUGGUGGUUAUGUAAACUUAUAUUAAAGUAGAUGGUAUAAUA